AUGGACGUCACCUCCAGGAGGAUGAUUUUGGUUUUUGUCCUGUUUGUGUGGAUGGAACAGACAAACGCUUUCAACUCUCCAGAUUGCGAGUCAGUUGUAAAUAAUACACUGAAAAGUCCACAUUAUCCAGAUGACUACCCCAGCGAUGUGUACUGUUCCUAUAAUAUUCCAAUUCCAAAUAACUCGGCACUGAUUAUUACUUUUGAGUACUUCUACCUGGAGAAAGUUGACGGGUUAUUAUGCACCCAAGCUGACUAUGUGCAAAUAAGGUCCAGCUUUGGGCAAAAUCUUGGUACGUUCUGUGGCGAGUGGACUGGGAAAACGAUAGUCUCUCUAGGAAAGUAUGCGCAGAUAACUUUCCAGUCGGAUUCAAUGUUUCAAGAACGCGGAUUUCUAAUGCAUUUUUGGACUGGUCUAAUUGGCAAUCUUACAGUACCUGGAUUCUCUAACGAAUGUGGCUCAGUCGUGAAUAACACACUGAAGAGUCCUGGAUAUCCGAACGAUUAUCCCAUAGAAUCGGAAUGCAACUAUUCUGUUCCGAUCCCAAAAGGAAUGGCAAUUUUGGUCACUUUCCAUUAUUUUUUGUUGGAGGUUAUUGACUCGUCAUGCGAGUUGGCCGACUCCUUUUCGGUUACAAAUGACAAAGGUCAAACGUUUGGUACGUACUGUGGGGAGUGGACUGGUAAAGAAAUUCUCGUAACGGGUGACUUUGUAUUAAUGACGUUCAUAUCAGACGAGUAUGGUCAGGAGAGAGGAUUUGAGAUAUACUUCACUGCUGUUCCGCUCGGUAACGGUACAAAGUUCUCGAGUAUCAAUGAUACAGAGUGUGGCUCAGUGGCUAAUAACUCACUGAAAAGUCCAGGGUAUCCUAAAAACUAUCCAAACAAUGCACACUGUGUUUACGUGGUUCCAAUUCCGAAAAAGACAGAGUUGAUCAUCUCUUUCUUUGAUUUUGAUAUUGAGGAUACUUAUCCAUGUGUAAAUGACUACGUUGUGAUCACUGAUGCGAACAACAAGACGAUCGGUGAAUACUGUGGUAAUUACAAUGAUCAUCAGAUUGUUGUGGCUGGAAAUUACGUCAUGAUAACAUUCCAUUCAGACUACAGUUUUCAGCGGAGAUUUUUGCUAUCUUUCAGUUUUAUUCCAAUAGUUUUGCCAAAAGUUAUGUUACGAAUGUCUGUCAUACGAGCACUGCCCGGAUACAAGUGGUCUUGCCAUGUCAUUGGAACCGCUCCUGUGUACAUAGCCAUUAAAAUGAACUCCGUACUACUGAUAAAUACAACAUGGACUACAAAAAUAACGUUUCACCAAGACGCGAACUACUCCUGUAUCGCCUCUAGCAAGUAUGGUACAGAUGUUAGAAACUUUACCGUGGUUUUUAACGAUUGCAAACCUCAGUGUAAUUAUGGAUGGAGGCACUUUUUCGGAAAUACUCUUCUCUGCAAGAACCUAUCGUCGCCAUUGGAUGUAAUUCAGUGUGCCCCUGGAAUAACUGAAAACAUGAAUGUGUCCUUUAGCAAAUUAGCUAAUGUUUCGGAUGACAUGUUUUCUUAUCUAGAGUUUGUGCGGUUCCUGUAUCUAUCUGCAAACGACAUGGAAAUCCUCCCGGAAAAAAUUUUCUCCCGGAUGGUUCGCCUGGAAAAGCUAAACUUGAAGGCAAAUAAAAUUGCUUUUCUUCCACAAAAUGUGUUUUCUUCUCAGGAGAAACUACAAAUACUGGAUUUGUCUUCAAAUGCCAUUUCGGAUCUAUCGACAGAAUUGUUAUCUCCAUUAAAAAACCUGUUUGAGCUUAACUUGGCGUAUAAUAACAUUCAAAACAUAUCUGCGGAUACGUUUUCUCCUCUGGCAAGCUUGGAAUAUCUGUUUUUGACUUCCAACGCUAUUUUAUCUCUACCUGCCGACGUUUUCAGCAAACUGGACAAACUAUACUUUAUAGGUUUAUCCAUAAAUGGCUUUGCCUUUCAAGCUGACGAAGUGUUAAUCUUACCACUGCAUCUAGAGCAACUAGACCUGCAAGCAAACGCCAUUACAUUUUUACCAGAAGGUGUCUUUCAUGGCCUUGAAUAUCUUGAAUGGCUAAGCCUUGCUAACAACAGCAUUCAAAACCUCUCCGUCAAUUUAUUUUCUAGUCUUCGUUAUUUAACAAAUCUGUUGAUGGCCUCAAACGAUAUUUAUCACUUACCUGCUAAGUUAUUCCGUCAUGCUGGAAGAUUAAUUUUACUAGAUCUCUCUUACAAUAAAAUUGCGGAAAUACCAAGGGAUUUGUUUUGUUGCACGGCUGAAUUAGAGACUUUGUACCUCACGUCAAAUAAUAUCGCCAAACUAAACUGGGAUGUGUUUGCCAGCCUUUCAUACUUAAGGCAUUUUUCCUUGCAGGAUAACUGGUUAAGCUAUCUAUCUAACGAGACUUUCGCCAAAUCUUCUUGGCUCCAAUACGUAUUCUUGAGCGCAAACAACUUGACGACUAUACCAUAUCGGGCUUUCUACAAUCUAAUAAAUGCAGAGAUAAUAAUUCUGUCAGACAACCCUAUAACGACUAUCGAACAAGAAGCAUUUAAAACUGGAUUUUUUGAUCAUUUCUUCCUAAGAAUAUAUUUGCUGCGGACGAAGUUGAAGAUGUUGAGCUUGGAGUAUCUCUCUGGAUUAAGUCAAGCGUCUGCUAAAAUAGUGAUAAACGAUAGAACGCUUGCAACCGUGCACUAUUCGUCUCGCCAUAAUAGAAAAGCUCUCUGUUCAGUUUACCUGAAUCCAGUUGAUUCUGAAGGAGAAGGCAUCAUGGUCGACAAUAUCGCAAUAACUGUACAAAGGGCUUUUGGCGCUGCUUUGAAAGCGUCAGGAUUUGGGCGUAUUCACGUUAAUACCACGAACCGGAACAUUCAUUUUCCUUGCCCAUUAGGGACAUUUUCAAAUUCUUCAACUAAAGGAGAACAAGGCUGCACUCAGUGCACCCCAGGUGGUUUUUAUUCAGAUGUUCUCGCCCACGUUGGGAUAAAUUGCAAGAAAUGUCCAACUGGUUCCUAUGUUCCCUUUGAUAAAGCUCCCGGAAAGCAAAAACAAGAUUGCAAAUCUUGCCCAGAAGGUAAAAGGUCUUAG